AUGUUCAAAAACAUUCUCCUUCUCGUUUCACUUCUAGUUGUUUUCGGAGAAAUAUUUGUUAACUGUUGCUUAAUAACGAAUUGUCCACGAGGAGGAAAGAGGAGCGGAAAAUUUGGAGCGCUAGAAGCAAACAUAAAACCAUGCGUUUCCUGCGGACCAGGCCACAGCGGACAAUGCUUCGGCCCGAGCAUAUGCUGCGGACCUUUCGGCUGCCUUAUGGGAACCCCGGAAACUUUGAGAUGCCAACGGGAAGGAUUCUUCCAUGAGAGGGAACCCUGCAUAGCCGGGGGUGCCUCAUGCAGGAAAAAUACAGGGCGGUGCGCCAUUGAUGGAAUUUGUUGCAGCCAAGAUUCUUGUCAUGUCGACAAACAAUGCGCGUUGGAAGACAAAAGCAGGAUUUUUUCCGAUAACACUGUGGGAGUGGAUUUGUAUAAUUUGAUGAACCCCUAUAAUGCAGAGAUCUCUAUCGAAAAGUAAUCAAUAUACAUUUAAUUUAAGAAAUAAUGUGAUUAGACAACUUUA